AUGGACCACCGAGGGUAUCUUGUGGUGGUAAUUAGAAUCUCGGACCGUGCCAGAGCGUUCCAUCUAGUGGCGGUGUUUAUUGUAUUGCAAGAAAAUCAGCUCGUGUUUGAAACUGUUCUUCUUGCGGUUUUCUACUACGUGACUACUCGUGAUCUCCAGGUACGAUGCGUGAUGGCCGACGCGGACCAGGCACAGUACAACGCGCUCAACAGGGUGUUUGGGCACAUUCCGGGCUUCUAG